UCUUAUUACUUGAUGCAGAUUUGUAGUUUUGCAUGUAAUGUAAGAAAAAUAACAAAAAAUAAAAUAAAAUAAAAUAGAAAAAUCAAUAAACCCAACGCCCACGCUUGUAGAGAGCGAGCAGAGAUAGAGAUCUGCUAGCGGCGAAAGAGCAGAAAAGAAGAGAAACAGAGAAAGAAGGAAAGAGAAAUCUUGUAAAGAUGAUGUCAGGCAAUUAUACUAGUAUUGAUAAUCAAACGGUCUCGGGUUCGGUGCCUGCUGUUGCAGAUCCAGGCCACAUAAGCGUGCAAUUCGCAGAUUCGAAUCUUCAAACAUUUCCUCCAUCAAGUGCACAUGGGAAAAUCUCUGGCGGAUCUCACCCUCCUCGUGAUGCCGAUGAUACAUUUUCAAAACCUAUUAAUGAUUCUGAUGAACCUCAACAAAGUGGUUGGUUUAGCAAAUUCACAGUUGCUGCAUAUAAGCCAUACUUUGAUGUAGACACUGUAGAUGUUUUAGAGAGGAUCAAAGAUUCACUUUUCCCUUUCAACGGAACCUUCACUGAGAAAACUGCUGGCAACCCAGAUUUGUACGGACCAUUCUGGAUAUGCACCACCCUAAUCUUUGUGGCAGCAUCGAUCGGCACUUUUGUCACUUAUAUAGCACACAAACUGAAGAAUAAAGAAUGGGAAUAUGACAUAAAUCUGGUGACUUGGUCUGCUGGUGUCUUCUAUGGCUAUGUAACCAUCAUUCCUCUUGGAUUGUAUGUCAUCCUCAAGUACUUCUCAGCACCAUCAGGCCUUGUCCAGCUGUUUUGUCUAUAUGGCUACUCUCUCUUUAUCUUCAUUCCCGCUCUGUGUCUCUCGAUUAUUCCUUUGGAAAUUUUCAGAUGGGUGAUUGCAGGUGUGGCAGGGUUCAUGUCAGCAACUUUCGUGGCACUUAAUCUCAAAGCCCACAUCAAGUCUGCAGGCGAAAGGUGGGUUUUGAUUGUAGCUGCCAUCUUUCUAUUGCAGUUGGCUCUUUCUGUGGUUUUGAAGCUUUAUUUGUUCACUGUAACAGUAUAAGAAUACACUAUAUGAACAGGCUGUAGAGCACAAUGAAGGGUUUCUUUUUUUUUUUU